AUGAUCGCAUAUCAGCACAUAGCUCAGAGUGCUGUCCCCGAAAAGUCACCAAGACUGGUGAAGACAAAACGAGUGAAAAUUAUGGAAGAAAUGACUGCAGAGGUGGCAGCCAAAACUUAUGCCGAGGUGGUGAAAAAAUCAUCUGGCCAAUUUGUUCCAGUAACACGUCAAUUGCAAUCAAAUGCUAAGACUGUCAAAUCUAAGCCGAAGACAGUAAAUCCGCGCAUCGCCAAAAGAGCCCAGGGUAUUCUGGGUAACAGCCUGCACCACAUCGAGAGUGAACAGCACAAGUUGUGUGUUGAAGUAGCCUAG